UGUCAUCUCAUUUAUUUGAAACAUAAUUUGAAAUCAAAAUGAUCAAAAUCAAAAUAUAGAUAUUAGAUUGAAGAUUCACUUCACUACACAUUUGAAUUGCGAUUUUUUUAAAUUGAAUUUAGAUUAAAAAAAUGUCUCAACAACUAGAACUUUUAACGGAAAGCCCCUCACAAUGGAAUGCAGUGGCGUUUGUGACUCCUGAGAUACAGAGAAAGGAAAUAAAACCAUUUGUUUUGUUGGCCCUCAAAGAGCUAGAAGGGAACCCAGACAGCCGUACUUCAAGUUUACUGAAUGGUGAUAAGUUUUCUGCAGUCAGACUUGUUGUGAGGCAUGUUGCAAGGCUCCGCUCUGCUACCAGAGAGCCCUGGAGUGAAAAUGACAUGCGGUUGUUUUUGGAAGGACUCAGAUUUUCACCGGAAUGCGCCACAGAGCUUAUGACUCUGUUAUGUGCUGAUCAGAUAUACAAGAACUUGCAAAAACACCUCAGAGUAAAACCAGGUGUUGUCAAUUUGCAGUGGAAAAUUGAUGUCUCAUUAAGUCAAUCCAACAUACAAGCAGAAAAUGCAGAUGCGAAAAGAAGCAAAGAAAUCAUGCAUAGAGACACCCAAGUUAUACUAACGUUAACGUUAACAAACGGACAGAUUAACAUAUAUAGAUUAUCUAUAUUUAAGUUUCACGAACUUAGAUAUGUUAUAGCUAGUGCAUUGAAAAGUAUGAUUGUUUUGGAAAAGAGAAAAUGUAUGAGACGGGACUGACGAAGGCAUUUUUGGGGUUAGGGGUUAAAUGGACCCCUGUUUUAGGGGUUUUUUACGGUUCCGUACCUUAAAAGGAAAAACGGAACCCUUAUAGGAUCACUUUGU